AUGGUUAGACAACUGCUGGUACUGUCGCUGUUUGUGGCGUCCACACUUGGUUUCUACUUGCCAGGUGCUGCACCAAGGACUUAUAAGCAAGGAGAUGCUAUCCCAUUACUGGUGAACCACUUAACUCCCUCGUUAAACUUCCAGCAUGUAGACGAUGAUGGUAACGAGAUCAAAGGUGAUAAGGCGAGGAUGUUGUACCCUUACGACUACUAUAACGAGAAAUUACAUUUCUGUCAGCCUGAAAAAAUCGAGAAGCAGCCCGAGUCUCUAGGCUCUGUUAUCUUUGGUGAAAAGAUCUAUAACUCUCCAUUUAACGUCAAAAUGCUUGAGGACAACGAGUGUGUACAGCUAUGUUCGACUACCAUACCAGGCAAGGAUGCCAAGUUUAUCAACAAGCUGAUCAAGAAUGGCUUCAUGCAGAACUGGCUCAUUGACGGUUUACCAGCUGCAAGAAAACUGCAUGACAGCAGAACUAACACUGAAUUCUACGGCCAGGGUUUCGAAUUAGGUUUUGUAGAAGUAAGACAAGCUGUUGGUGGUAAGAUUGUCUCAGAAUCUGAAAAAGAACUUCAAUUAUCUGAACGUGAUGCAAAAAAUAUCAUUGAUUUUACCGACAUUGAAAUCAGAAGUCCAAAGAACCUUGUUGAUUUGUCUAAUUUAGAAGUACGUGAAGCCAAGAAUGUCGUUGACAACAUAGUUACCAAUGUUGAAGUGCCAGUAUUCGCCAAUCACUUCGAUAUCGAAGUUGAAUAUCAUGAUCGUGGAAAUGGUGAUUUUAGAGUAGUUGGUGUCAUUGUGAACCCAGUUUCCUUAGAUAAUUAUAAAUCUAGAUCAUGCGCGUUAGCAAAUCAACAUAAACUACACUUGGAUGAGAAUAAGGACAAUGAGGUUAUGUUUACAUAUUCUGUUAAGUUUACUCCUUCUGAUACACCAUGGGCGACAAGAUGGGACAAAUACUUACAUAUCUACGAUCCAAAGAUCCAAUGGUUUUCUUUGAUCAACUUUUCCGUUAUUGUAUUACUAUUAUCUAGUGUUGCAAUCCAUUCACUACUACGUGCUUUGAAGUCAGAUAUCUCACGUUACAAUGAAUUCAACCUGGGAGAUGAAUUCGAAGAGGAUUCCGGCUGGAAAUUGGUCCAUGGUGAUGUUUUCCGUACACCAAAGAACUCAAUGUUAUUAUCUGUACUGGUUGGUUCUGGUAUUCAAUUGUUUUUGAUGAUCUUUCUUUCAAUCAUUCUAUCAGCUCUGGGUAUUCUAUCACCAAGUUCCAGAGGUUCUCUUCCAACUGCAAUGUUCAUGUUUUAUGCAAUUUUUGGAUUUGUUGGUUCUUACACAUCCAUGGGAAUUUACAAGUUUUUUAAAGGUCCAUACUGGAAGGCUAACAUGAUUCUGACACCUGUAUUGCUUCCAGGUAUUAUAUUCUUGACUGUGAUAUUUAUGAAUGUUUUGCUAUACUUCGUCGGAUCAUCGAAUGUUAUUCCAUUGGCAACACUAGUUUUUAUGGUUUUCCUAUGGAUUCUCUUCUCAAUUCCAUUAGCAUUUGCUGGUUCUCUAAUCUCGUACAAGAAAUGUAAUUGGGACGAACACCCAACAAAGACUAAUGAGAUUCCAAGACAAAUUCCUUUCCAACCUUGGUUCCUGAAGACUGUGCCAGCCACAUUAAUUGGAGGUUUAGUAUCAUUUGGUUCGAUUGCUGUUGAAUUGUACUUUAUUUACUCAAGUUUGUGGUUCAAUAAGAUAUUCUACAUGUUUGGUUUCUUGUUGUUCUCAAUUGUUCUCUUCUCUUUCACCACUGGUUUAAUCAACGUCAUUAUUACUUACCGUGCGCUAUGUUCAGAGAACUGGACAUGGCAAUGGAGAAGUUUCUUCAUCGGUGGUUUGGGUUGCUCUAUCUACAUUUUCAUUCAUUCUAUUCUAUUCACUCAAUUCAAACUAGGCGGUUUCGCCACGAUCGUGCUUUAUGUUGGUUACUCAUUCCUCAUCUCAUUCCUAACAUGUAUUGUCACAGGUGCUAUCGGUUUCAUAUGUAGUAUGUUCUUCGUCAGAAGGAUAUUUGCAUCAAUUAAAGUCGAUUGA